CCAUGCCCAGCCUUAAUGGCAAUUUUAAAGAAGCAAUUAUUAAUUGUUAACAGCCUAAUGUUAGUGAAUUUCUAGUAAUGGAGAAAACCUUAAAACCAAACCUAAUACCACACUACAAGGCUGAACAUCUAGCUGAUUAUACUUUUUUAGCUUCAUUUGAUCUGCUCUAAAGCAUGUACUUGAGAGAAGGUAGGAGGAGAUGUUUUAAUCUGUAUUUUCUACUGAGGUCUUUCUUACAGGUAGAAAAAAAAUGGAAAGCUGCUGAAAUUAAACAACUGCUCUGCAAACCCCUGUUUGUUUCUCCCUUCCUCAUCACAAAUGGCAAAGCUGGCUGUAAUCCAACAACAUUUUUCCAACUCUUUAUCCAUGUUAGGCAAUAGCCACAUUUAGGAAAAAGCUGACAACCCUAAUUUUUAUUGUAUUAAUCUCUAAGGAUUUAGGCAAGUUCCUAAAGAUAAAUCAGUUUUGCCUCUUUCAGGAAGAGCUUGCCUUAAGUUAGUCACCAAAUCCCAGAAAUAACCCAUAGUAUCACCACAUGUUGGUUUUCAAAGACCUUGCUAGGGUCUGUCCCUCCAGGGCAUGCCAUUUAACAACAGGCUUUCUGAGCCUGAGUAAAAUGUACCUAACAGUGGCUGAGGAGAGCUAAACUCCUGGUGAAUAACAGCCCUUGUUAAGAAAUAAGUCCAGGAAGCAGAAAAGACUUCACAACUUCAAAUGAAGUUUCAUGUAAUUCUUCAAAUAACAUUACCAUUAUGUGGUAUUUCUAUGAGUAGGAAUGUUCUAAAUGUCCCAAAAGUAUAUCUCAGUCACCUACAGGACCAAAAUGGAGAGAAGACCGGAGCGGGACCUAUCAAGACAGCCAGACAACACUGCCAUGAAGCAGCAACAGUUGCCGGGCCAUCAGCUACAUUUCUCCGCCCCCGUGGUCCUCUCUAUUUUUUUUGCCACAGCAGCAUUCUGCCUUUGUAUGGGUAUCAUCCUUAUAUUGUCUGCAAAGAGCACCAAGGAAAUAGAGAUUAAUUAUACAAAGACAUGUGCAAAUUGUUCUGAAAUGCGGGAAGAUGCCUCUAAUUUUAACGAAGAAUGCACCUGCUCUAUUCCCUUUUACCUUCAAGAGAAAAUGGAGGGUAAUGUUUACAUGUACUACAAAUUGUACGGCUUCUACCAAAAUCUCUAUCGAUAUAUUCUAUCCAGAAGCAAUAGCCAGCUGAUGGGUAAGGAUAUGAGGGAUGUUAGUGACUGUGCUCCAUUUAAAAAGUCCCACAAUGAGACUCCCAUCGUUCCUUGUGGUGCUAUUGCCAACAGCAUGUUCAAUGAUACCAUAAUUCUUUCAUAUAAUCUUCAUACAUCAAUAUAUAUAAAAGUCCCAAUGCUAAAGACUGAACUUACAUGGUGGACAGAUAAGUAUGUUAAAUUUCAGAAUCCAAGUUCCAGUAAUCUUGCUACUAAAUUUGCAGGUACCACAAAGCCCCCAAAUUGGCACAAGCCUAUCUAUGAAUUAGAUAUGGAUGACCCAGGAAACAAUGGCUUCAUCAAUGAUGACUUCAUUGUAUGGAUGCGGACAGCUGCCUUUCCCACUUUCAAAAAACUAUACCGUCGACUCUAUCGAAUACACUAUUUUGUAGAAGGCUUACCUGCUGGUAAUUAUAGUUUCAACAUAUCGUACAAUUUUCCAGUAACAAAGUUCCAGGGAGAGAAAUCUGUUGUUCUUUCUACCAUGACAUGGAGUGGAGGUAGUGGCCUUUUCUUGGGGCUCGCUUACACAGUAACAGGAGCAUUGACGUGGUUGGCCUCCUUUGCCAUGAUGGCAAUUCACCUGAUGCUGAAAAACAAGAAAUCAUCCUUCUCUCAGUAAAGUCAAGCUUUAAAAACAAAAGAAGAAAACAGAAUUAGACAACUAAGUAACAGAGCCAAAGAGCUAAGUCUUGAAAUGAGAUAUUUCGAUAAGGAAGACUGGAUUGACUGAAUCAAAUACAACUCCAGAUGUAUAAAUAGAGAAUUUUAGAGUUGAGGAAAAGGAGGAGGAGAAGGAAGAGGAAGAAGUGGCAAAAUUGUAUGUAUUUUUAAAAAAGUCCUUGGAAUGGGGCAAUAAAUCAU